AUGGACCAAGUAUCGGAUCAUGUACAACCUCCAGCUUUAAGGCCUUAUGCUAUGCAACAGGACGAUUUAAUGAGAAACACACGACGAAGAUUGACAAGAGAAUCCACACCUCCUAUUGACUUGACUAUAGCACCUCCUGCUGUUCAACUAGCAAGAGCAAGAGAAGCACACCAUACGAUGGAUGCGACCAUGUAUGUCUCUGAAGCAGAUUUACUUCGAGAUUUGAUCUUCUUGUUUCAAGGGAUUGAUGGACAGUAUAUUCGAUACAAUAAAGAAUUGAAUGACCAUGUAUUUAUACCAGGUAUUGAAGUAUCAAAAUCAACAGAAGAAAUGGUCUUUAAGCUAGUAGAGAUUGGUUGGCUCUAUACCCGCGUCAAGACAUUCAUUCGAGACAAUAGUGAUUCAGCCAAGAUUGGUCUUGUGGGACAAUCGUUGUGUGCAGCAUUGCAGCAUGAACUAACAGAGUACUACAAACUGAUUGCAAUCUUGGAAGCUCAAAUUGAGAAACAGAUGGCCAACAAACAUGCAGGAUUAACAGAUCAGAGUUUGACAUUAAAGCGACUGAUGGUCUGGACAUUAGAGUGUCAUCAAAAACUAAGGCUCAUGAGUGUCUUGGUGGAUGUCUGUCAAGACCAAAAGGGAGGUGCCUUAAUAUCUGCUAUUCACAACUAUACAAAACAUGGUGAUCCUUUUAUCAAGACAUACUUGGUGGAUAUGUUACAGGCUAUUUCUAAACCAUUCUAUGAAAUGCUUGAACGGUGGGUCUAUGAAGGUGAAUUAGAUGAUCCUUAUGGUGAAUUCUUUGUUGCUUGUGAUCCAACUGUCUCUGAAGAUGAACUAUGGCAAAACAAAUAUGCUAUGCGUGAAGACAUGCUGCCUUCUUUUCUAUCUAAACAACUGGCUCACAAGAUAUUCUCUAUUGGUAAAUCACUUAACUUUAUUCGAUACAGUUGUCAUGAUGAAAAGCAAUAUUAUGUCAAAUCAAACCAAGUAUUUCAAUAUGGAGAAACACAGGCAGUAGAAGCAUCUAUUGAAAUUGCCUAUCAUACCACAAGCAAAGCAUUACUCAACUUACUCAAGACAAAAUAUAAACUCAUGGACCAUUUAAAGGCCAUGAAACGAUACUUGUUACUUGGUCAAGGGGAUUUUAUUCAAUAUUUGAUGGAUAUUUUAUGGACACACCUCAGUAAACCUGCUAAUACUCUCUUUCGCCAUAAUUUGACAGGCAUCCUUGAGACAGCUGUACGUUCUUCUGAUGCGCAAUAUGAUGAUCCUGAUAUACUGAAUCGACUGGAUGUUCGCUUAUUAGAGAUACAAAAAGAUGAUUUAGGUUGGGAUGUAUUCUCUUUAGAUUAUCAUGUGGAUGCACCUAUCAAUACUGUAUUUAGCCCUGCUGCUAUGCACCAAUACCUUCAAGCCUUUAGUUUCUUAUGGCGAUUAAAACGAGUGGAAUACACACUUUCUUCUGCUUGGAGACAAUGGGGAAAGACAAGUCGAGAAUUCAUUCCGUUUUCUGAAAUACAACAAGAUUUACAAUUUACACAAUUGACCAUUCAACGUAUGAUUCAUUUUAUCUAUCAAUUACAACACUAUGUUCUGUUUGAAGUGCUUGAAUGCUCUUGGGAUAAACUAGCUACAUUUAUAGAGACCAAGAGUAUUGAUCUGGACUCUAUCAUGGCUGCUCAUACACGCUAUUUACAAGACAUCACAGAAAAGGGAUUCCUCAGUGGCCUUAAACAAAAAGCAUUAGCAAGUCAAUUAAACGAUAUCUUUGACUGUAUCUUGAAAUACAAAGUUGUCUUGGAUCGUUUCCAUAGUUAUGUGACAGGCAAAGGAUUAGGUGAACAAGAUGCUGACAAGAUCAAAGCACUUCGUCAACAACAUCAAGCACUAGAGGAUUAUUUUACGAUGCAUGUCUUGCAAUUCUUGGAUAUGCUUAAAUCUUGUCAAGAUGAAGACCUUCGUUCUCUUUCAACACGCUUAGAUUAUAAUGGUUUUUAUUCUGUCUUUGAUGAACAAUAA